AUGACCAAUUCCAUUGAUGUUAGCGCCCUGAGUUCUGCUCUUCACACCUAUUCGACGGAGGAUAUUGUGACUCCAUGGGAAGUGGCCACUACCAGUUCACGUGGGGUAGAUUACAACAAGCUGAUUGAUCGCUUCGGUUGUUCAAAAAUUUCCGAUGAAUUGCUGAAGCGUUUUGAGAAAGUUUGUAAUCAGCCAGUGCAUCAUCUUCUGCGUAGAGGUAUAUUUUUCUCUCACAGGGAGUUGGAGUUUAUUAUCAAGAAAAUUGAAGAUAGAAAACCUUUCUUCAUGUACACUGGUCGUGGACCGUCAUCGUUAGCUUUGCACUUGGGACAUAUCAUUCCUUUCAUUUUCACCAAGUGGCUUCAGGAUGUCUUUCAGGUGCCUUUGGUGAUUCAAUUGACAGAUGAUGAAAAAUUCCUGUGGAAAGAUCUUUCUGUGGAUGAGGUUCAAAAAAUGACUCGGGAGAAUGCCAAAGAUAUUAUUGCUCUUGGAUUCGACCCGGAUAAAACGUUCAUAUUUAGUGAUUUUCAAUACAUGGGUGAAUCUCCGGCAUUUUACCGAACCGUCUGCCAAAUCCAACGCAUGAUCACAUUCAAUCAAGUCCGGGGUAUUUUCGGAUUCACUGAGAGCGAUUCUAUCGGAAAAAUUGCGUUUCCGGCCAUCCAAGCGGCACCCUGUUUCGCCCAGGCAUUUCCUCAAAUUUUCGGUCACCUCCGCACAACCGACAUAGGCUGUUUGAUCCCGUGUGCCAUCGAUCAGGAUCCGUACUUCCGUAUGACUCGUGAUGUGGCUCCGCGGAUGGGUUUGCCCAAACCGACCAUGUUAUACAGUGUGUUCUUUCCGGCUCUGCAGGGCAUCGAAUGUACGGAGUUUGGUUACGUUAAUUGUUCUGCCUUGUUUCUGACCUUCCAGAUUAACAAGUACGCAUUUUCGGGAGGUGGGGACACGAUUGAGGAGCAUCGGGCGAAGGGUGGUGACUGUGAAGUAGACGUAUCUUUUCAAUAUUUACGAUUCUUUCUGGAUGAUGACUCCCGACUAGAACAAAUUCGACAAGACUAUUCAAGUGGGAAAUUACUCACUGGUGAAUUGAAGAAAAUCUUGAUCGAUGUACUCGUUCAGUUGGUCACGGAACAUCAGAAACGCCGGAAACUGGUGACAGACGAGGUGUUAGACCAAUUUAUGAAACCUCAUCCAUUGAAUCUACCGUUCUGA